AUGGAAGAGCAAGAGGAUAAGCAACUUCCUCAAAGGAUUUCCCGUGCUUAUGUGGAACAGGUGAACACGGAUUUUAUUAUGGCCUUGGCAAUGCAGCAGCAGGAGCAUGAGAGGAACUACACGAUGCUCGAGACCAUCGAAAGUGAUAGCGAAGAAGAUGAACGUUCAGAUUCCAACAGCAGCAAUGGUCUCGACCACACCAAUGACUCCUUGCAAAGCCAAGAACUUCAUUCCCCGUGGGGUUUUCUUGCAGACGAUGAGGAGGAGACUACGGAUGAUAAUGAAUAUAUGGACGAAGACGAAGAAGAAGAUAUCGAGGAGUUUGAUUUGGAUGAGCUAAGCUAUGAAGAGUUGAUUGCAUUAGGGGAGUUCAUUGGAGAAGAAAAGAGAGGGCUACCAAUGAACGAAAUACCUUCGUGCUUGCACUCGAGCAAGUUUCAAACCAUCGAAAACAAAAGCGGUAUAGAUCGGUGUGUGAUUUGCCAAGUUGAAUAUGAAGAUAGUGAAGAAUUGGCUGCCCUUCCUUGUGAGCAUCCUUACCAUUCAGAAUGUAUAAGCAAAUGGCUUCAAAUCAAAAGGGUUUGUCCAAUAUGUGGCACAGAAGUUUCAUCCUCCAAGUCUUCUAAAAAUGCUUAA